AUGGGGAAUCUGUCGCAGCACUUUCUCCAUUUGAAUUUAGCUUCAAAAAGUGCUGUAAGUUUGUCAAGCAGUCUGUUACAUCUGAGGUGUUGGAGCCUCAUAUCUAUUAUUAAUUUGCGUGUGGCCUCUUUCAGAUAUCUGUCUGCACAAUGCAUCCCCCCAAUGUCCUGCUGGCUACAGUUGCUCUUCUUUUUCUGAUCCCUGUGACAAGCUCACUGAAUGAGGAAAAACUGAGGAAACAACUCAGCGAAAUUGUCAACCUAGACUUGGUCAAGAAUGUCACUCAGAUUCGGAACUGGAGAAUUAUUGUGCAAAGAAAAGGUAAUUUAUGUUUAAUGAUUUGUGAAGUCACACUAUUGUUUAUUGCGCCUAUGUGUUGCUGUUAAGUAUUAAGGAGUGUGUGUUUGAGAUGUAAAAUAACUUUUUUUAAAAAAGAAAAAAGAUUAAGAACAACUCCAGCAUUCUGAACUCUAGCAUUCUGAAUUGUUAUGGAAAGAACAGACAAGAAAACCACUCAUUUCUGAUAUAGUUAGGAUUCUGGAAAGCAAAAGCAGGUAAUUUGUGGACCUUCAGAUGUUAUUGGACUCCAGCUCCUAUCAUUCAUGACCAUUGGCCAGGCUGGCUUUGGCUGAUGAGAUUUGGAGUCCAGCAACAUUUGGGGGGCACAAUUUCGUCAUGUUGUUCUAAAUAUCUCACUGACUGGCUAACAUGAGAGAUAAUUCUUCCCCCAUAAUAACUCUACUAGAUUUAUUUCUUCCUCCUUUCUAAACUGGUGAAUUCCAGUGAAUGCAGACUGAAUACGGGGAUGACUUUGAACACCCAGUCUCAGUUCUGUUGGAUUCGUCCUCACAAAAGUGUUUUCCACGCCCCCAUCAAAAGAAGGUUUUCCAAUAAUUAUUUUCAAGAUGCUGUGCUUAAAUUUCAGUUUGGGUUUUUUCCUUAAUUUUAUUCUUAGUUUCCAAAUGAUGUUGCUUGAAUCCACGUUUUCUGAGCCACUUGAAAAUACAAUCUCUGAAGAAACAUUUAAAUAACCUAUUGGAUUAUUGGUCUUCCGUUUUUCGAUAACAUUUCCCUGCUAACUCCUGAGUAUCUAACAAAUGUCCAAAUAUUAGAAUGUGUGGCAAUGCUUUAAAUGGAUAAAAUUGUGACCUUCAUUAAUGAGGAGUUAUAAGACACACUUUAAAUGGUACACUCAGAUUUCAGCAGCUUCACUGUAUAAAAUACUCCAUACUUUGUUUGUAUCCACUGAGAAUUAUAUAACGCGUUUUAUAACAUCAUCACAGAGAGGUUCAUGUCACUGAAGAUCAAGAAUUAUGAGGUUACAAACUAUUCUUUCUAAAGAAGAAUUCUUCCUCUAUUCUUGUUCUAAAAUAUUUAUAUAGGUCUCCGGUUUUGUGACUGGAUGAAAAAGCAUUCCAAAGCUAUUAUGAUUAAAAUAAGGCACCAUCGAAUAGCCUCUCAUGUAGUUAGGAGUAGAGGCAGAGGGAGAAUUGAUGGAUUAUGACAGCCUUCCUCAACCUGGUGCCCUCCAGAUAGUUUGGGCUACAACUCCCAUCAAUCCUACACCUGCUAGUAUGGUGAAUGAUCUGGGAUUAUAGGAGUUGGGCCAAAGAAACAGAACAGGGAUCCGGUUGGCGCAGCGCCCACCCUACUGCCCAGCAGCUUCCCUGGCAGAGGUAGUCUCAGACAUGGUGCUGGAAUACUGUUACAAAUAUAUGUUCACUGAGAGAAGCUAUGAACAUUGUUAUUAUUGCUUAAUUUAUGUACAUUGAGUGUCCCUGGUAGGUUUUUCCUUCUCUCUCUCUCUCUCUCUCUCUCUCUCACACACACACACACACACACACCUACCUCACAUACUACAGAUUUCUUCGCAAUGUUUAUGGGUGGCAUUCAAUUGACCCGAUCAGCGGAAGCUUCCACUUACACAACAGGUCUUUGUUGUGGUCCUUCCCCUCUUUCCCAUUGCAUCCCUUGAAAUUGGCUGUGGGGCAGAUCAGAAGAACCCCCCAGAUAGCAGCAUGCAGAGGGAGAAAACGGGGUGGUGGUGUCAUUUUAUGCUCACCCUGUUGGAAGGUUGUCUUUGUGUGACAUUUACAUUUCUCCCUGUGUCUUUAAAUGCAGAGUGAGGCAAUUCACGAGAUGUCGUUUCUGAAAAUCUCAAUCACAUGCAAUAGUGUAAAUCUGAAUGAAACUGAGGCUUGCUUAGCAAAUACGACUCAGUCCUAACAAGCUGGUACCACACUUUGUUAAAGAAUGUUCACAGUGCCCUUUGUCCCUGUCAUGGAGUUCCUGGAAAAUUAGGAGCGCCAUUGAAGUGAGUGGCCAAAGAGAUCUUCUGAAGGUGCAGCAUGGAUUUCAAGAGCUUGUAUUUAGGAGGCCAAGUUAGCUGAAGAAGGGAAGCUUGAGCCUCGUUAGAAUGGCCUAAGAGGCACAAGUCAGUAGACAGUGGAGGUGAUUUGCACAGUACAGUAGGAAGAGAUGCGAAGGAAGCACAAGAACAGCUUUGCCAUUCCCACUGGUGAGCCACUCCGACAGAUGAUAAGAAUGCAUGUUGGCAGGAGGCAUCGGGCCCACGCGAAGGAAUGCUUCUCUGGAAAUCCAGCACUAGGGAGUCAUUAAAGGCAUCCUUUAUACCAUCAGCCUUAAUGAUUUGCUCUUCUCACGGCAUUCAGUUCAUUGGUUUUUGCUGCUAUAACAGGCAGCGAGCAAUGGUAUUUGUCACAUUUUUAGAUACAUGAAUAAAUGCAGAUGAGUAAUAGCUGCUGUUUCGCUGGCCGUUUUGGCAACUCAAUCGCACACUAGCUGAGUUUUCACUUCACCUCACGUCAAGACCCUCUGCUGCCUAACUCAGUUUGCUAAUUCCCCUGCCUUACCUCUCUCUCACAGCCGCCCUUCACUCUUUCCCCAUAACCCUUUAUAACUAAGACCCUUUAUUGCAAGUACGCUUUCUUAUACCACUGAUUUUCUAUAUAAAACAACAACAUACAGCUACACUCUGCCUCCAUUGUGAGAGGCUGUAAUGCUUCAUAAUACUCGUUGCUAGAAACCACUGCAGGGAAGAGUGCCCUUGGGGGCAGGUGGCGUUUGCACAUUUCCCAAAAGGCACCUGCUUGGCUGCUGUGAGAACACGUUGCUGGACUGGACAAGAAAAACUUGAGUCCAAUCCCAAUGUCUUAUAUAACUUCCGUCUGUCACAGAUUAGCAAUUAUUAUGAGGGCGAUAGGGACGCGGGUGUAGCUGUGGGUUAAACCACAGAGCCUAGGACUUGCCGAUCAGAAGGUCAGCGGUUCGAAUCCCCGUGACGGGGUGGGCUCUCGUUGCUCAGUCCCUGCUCCUGCCAACCUAGCAGUUCGAAAGCAUGUCAAAGUGCAAGUAGAUAAAUAGGUACCGCUCUGGCGGGAAGGUAAACGGCGUUUCCGUGCGCUGCUCUGGUUCGCCAGAAGCGGCUUAGUCAUGCUGGCCACAUGACCCGGAAGCUGUCUGCGGACAAACGCCGGCUCCCUCGGCCUACAGAGUGAGAUGAGCGCUACAACCCCAGAGGCGGUCACGACUGGACCUAAUGGUCACUGGUCCCUUUACCUUUAUGAGGACGAGAAAAUAUUUCAACAUAUCAGAUGUUUGUUUGACUAGGAAUUCAAACUCACAAGGCUUGCACACAUUUCUACAAGGAUGCUGCAGAGAACUUGGCUGUGUGUUGAAACUCACCAUCCAAUCCAUCUUUUGUUCCCUAGCGAUCCCUUACAUGCGGGACUGUGACGAAAUGUUCCAGGCAGGCCACACAGAGAGUGGCCUCUAUAUAUUACGUCCCGAGAACGCCAUCAAGCUCGUAGCCUGGUGCCACAUGGAUGGAUGCAAUGGGUGGACAGUUAUCCAACACAACACCCACAACACUGAACUCACCUGGUCAGAGACCUGGACAACUUAUAAAUAUGGGUUUGGUAACUUGGUGGGAGAUCACUGGUUGGGCACCGAGUACAUUUCCUUAAUAAGCCAGCAGAAAUGGUACAAAGUCAGAAUAAAUUUAGUAGAUGCAGGUGGACACCACAGAUAUGCAGAAUACGAUAGCUUUGUCCUGAGAAAUGAGAACGAUGAAUAUAUGCUCAAGUUAGGGACCUACGAGGGUAAUGCAGGGGACUCUCUCACUUCUUCCAAGGCCAAAAACAUGCACGACAACAUGAGGUUCUCUUGUAAAGACAAGGACAAUGACAGAUCUACCAAACAAAACUGUGCAGACGUCCACGGUGGGGGCUGGUGGUACGACUCUUGCUUUGAUGCACAGCUCAACCGCAAAGGUGGGCUUCACUGGGGCACAUUAUGCGAUGAGAACUGCAAGAGCUCAGUUAUAAUGCUGAAGCCCAUCCACAUGUAUUGCAGCAGGGUGUAGAAAUGCACUCAGCCUCUCAUGUCGCAAACUGCUGUAAUGGGAUGCAGGGGGUGCAACAAAACUGCAAAUUCCUUUGCUUCCAGACCUUUCUAUAUAAAUAAAUUAAUAGUGGUUUCUUUUGCUACCUCUCACUGACAUGGGAAUGUAUUUCUGACAGAAUUGCAAGCCAAUAUUCCUGUAUAACUUUUUCACUGAUUGCAACACUGUGAAGUCUUCCAGUUCUUUAUUAAAAUAGUUUUUCAGCUGC